GAAAUAUUAUUUUUCAAAACGUGCUAUUAAGAUUUGAAAAUUGGCCCACAUGAGUAAACAUCAACCGAGGAGUUUCCAGAGUUUCUGCAGAAAUGCGUAGGAAAGCUGCUCCUACAAAAGCCUCUGCGAGGGAAAAUGCUACAAUCAGGCUGUUAUUUGGAGGAGAAAACCCACAUUUUAGGCUGAUAAAACCAACAGGAAAGACUUACAAAACUCCGACUGGAAAAGGUCUUGGAAAAGCUGGAGCCAGACGUUUGGGCCGAAUGCUGAAAAGGGCCAUCCAGGAUCAGGAGGACACGACGGGAAAAGGGAAAAUUAUUCUGCCAAAAACUCCUGUUCGCCUUUUCAAACACAAAAUUCAAACAAAUGCUGGCGAUGCACCUAUGGCCGACACAGCAAAGCUGGUCACUGCUCCUGUGUCCCAGCUCAUCCUCAGUGUGGUUUCCCAGUGCAAGCACAAAGGUGGGAUCAGCAUGGCGGAGCUCAAGCAGACGCUGGCUGCUGGAGGCUACGACGUCAGCAAGAACAACAAGCGGGUCAACGUGGUGACCAAUAGGCUGGUUAACAAUGAGACACUUGUACGAACUACAAGAAGUACAACUUACAAACUCAACAACAAGAAAUUGCCGGAUACAACACAAGUAAAGACAAUCCCUGUGAAACCUCCAAAGCCAAAAAGAAAGCUGAAGCACAGCACAGGACCCCGUAAAUCCCCCAGACUAGUAAAGUCUCAGAGACCAGUCACAAAAAAUCGCAAACCAAGAAGCAAAUCACACACACCAAAGGGCAAGACUCGCAAAGUAGUUGCCAAAUCGCACAGACCUAUAGGCAAGACCCGCAAACCAGCAAUCAAAUCCCAUAAACAGAGAAGGACAACACCCAAAAAAAGAAGAAAAUCACCAAAGCCAGCAGGGGCAAGACGCAGAUCUUCGACUAACCGAACCACAAGAGUUAGAAAGGCACCAAGGAAGACUCUGAGGACUCGAAAGCAACGAGCACAGCGUGUCCGACGCCCGCAUAAAUCUUACCGGAGAAGGCAACGACCAAAGCGGAGGCUCCCUAAAACAAGAUCACUUAAACAUCGGGAAGCCAAGAGAAUAUCUUCCUACUACUACUACUAAUGAGUUAAUUCUGAUCAUUAAUAAACCUUUGCAGCAACCUGAAA